AAAGCCAGAACUCAGACCGUCGCAAACCGUCGUUUCAUCCGCCGCCGCCGCUGCCGACCUCCAUCUCUCCUCUCCUCCCAUGGCGGUCCCGAGCUCGGCGUCUCCUUCCACCACCCGAAGCCCCGGGAGGGGCCUGGGGCUCUUCGCCAACGCGAGGAAGCACAAGCACAGCUUCAUCCAGUUCGCCGCCAUGACCGGGAUCCUCCUCCUGAGCCUCCGGUCGCUGGGCCAGAAGUACCGCAUCCACGGCCUCCUCGAGGACACCGCCGCCCUCCGGGAGGAGCGGGAGUCGCUCGCCGAUCGCGCGGGCAACGUCAAGCGCGGCCUCCGGCGCGAGGCGUCGCUGGACCCCACCGGGCUCUUGGCCUCGCGGCUCCGGCUCCUCUUCGGAGACGACGAAUGAACGCGGUCUUAUUCAGCAUGCUUUGCAUUUCUUAGGAAGAGGUAUCGGCAGCAACUAAAUUCUUGCGGUUCUUUUUAGCUCACAAGCUGCUGCAACAGUCGAGAUGGUUUCUUUCUCAUUUGCAGAGUUCUGUGAACGAGGUGUUUAUUUUGAAAAAUACAUGUGGAUCUGUCUUGGAGAUAUGUUAAAUGACUUUUGGAAAUAUCCGACACACGCCGAGAUAGCGUACUUGUAAUUUGUCGAAGAUUGUUAAUAAGGUCCAUUUGUUAAUCAUCAGCGAACUGCAGCUAGUGUUGAUGAUGGAGCUGGGAGUUGGUACCUCAGAUAGCCGAUAUCGGUGUUUUAGUUAGCCAUUCCUAGAAAGGAAAUCGCAGAAAGCCCAAAAGAACAUGUUUAGUGUAGACUUACUUGAUUAGCAUAAUAUCAUUGCUGGUUUCUAUUGUUCUGGCCA